GCCAUUGGUCAGUCUCAGAGAAGAAGGCGGUGCCUGUCAAACUGGACAUUUUCAUUGGCCAGUCGCGGAGGAACAGGCGGAACGUGUCGAACUGGACAUUUCCAUUGGUCGCUGCGCUGGGCACGAGAGUUGUCGAAUUCCACCGAGUAAGACCGAGUGAUGAGGAGGAUCAGCUGACCGUCUGUCGUCCUUCGAUGGAUCACUUCGUCUCAGUUUUGUGAUUUAAAAACAUAAAAUCCGCUUCUGAUUGAUCGAUAAGACUGAUAAAACACAGGCAUGCCGUCGCUUCUGUUCUGCGGGCCGAAGAUGGCUGCGUGCGGGAUAGUGAUCAGCAUCUGGGGGGUCAUCAUGCUGGCGAUGCUGGGAAUCUUCUUCAGCGCCAAGUCGGCCGUGCUGAUCGAGGACGUCCCGUUCACCGAGGAGGACAUCCGUACGAGUGAUAAAAAUCCUCGGAACAUCUACGGUCUCUACAAUCAGGUCGGCAUCAACUGCUUCAUCGCCGCCGCCAUCUACGUGGCGGUGGGCGCCGUCUCGCUCUGCCAGGUGCGCCUCAACAAGCGGCAGGAGUACAUGGUCACAUAA